GUUUCUGAAAGACUUUUGUAGUUGUAGUAGUAGCCGAUAGUGCUACAGCCUUCAAGGGGUAUUUGGAUCAAAGCUCCCCACCUACUCUGAAAUUUAGAGAGAGAGGGAGGGCGAGCGAGCGAGCUACUAGUUCUGCAAUGGAGGGUAGAGAGUCAGCAAAGACAGCAGGGAAGCCCAUCCGAUGCAGAGCUGCAGUUGCUCGGAAAGCAGGGGAGCCGCUGGUGAUAGAGGAGGUGAUCGUGGCCCCACCCGAGGCUCACGAGGUUCGCAUUCGAGUUAUCUGCACCUCUCUCUGUCACAGCGACAUCACUUUCUGGAAACCCAAGGAUCCUCCUGGUUAUUUCCCAAGAAUUCUUGGCCACGAAGCCAUCGGGUAACUGUAAUACUCUCUGUAAUUCCUUAUUAUCGGAUGCUUGUGUAGGCUGUGUUUCU